UUUUCUUCAGGCAUUAUGUUGGUCUACUAACAUAUUGGUGGGUCCUUGAAAGCGUAGUCCACUAGCACUGCUGAGGUUGGCCGGUCGUUUGACAGGGAAGCGGUGUUGCGAAGACAUAACACAGUUACAGAACACAAUGGCUUCCAUGUUGCUGAACACGAUGAGGAGCUGCUCGGUCAGCCCUUCCUGGGCAAUGCGGCUUGGGGCAUGCUCUCUCAGUACGACAACUCAGCUUCAGGCUCAGGUUCAGACAAAGAGCAAAAAGACACUGGCUCGUCCUGGUGUGAAGAACAUCGUUCUGGUUGAAGGAGUUCGAACCCCAUUCCUGAUGUCUGGGACCACAUAUGCUGACCUGAUGCCUCAUGACUUGGCCAGAGCGGCUCUGCAGGGUCUGCUGCACAAGACGGGUUUGCCCAAAGAUGCUGUAGACUACAUCAUCUAUGGAACAGUCAUUCAGGAGGUCAAAACCAGCAAUGUAGCAAGAGAGGCAGCCUUGGGCGCAGGCUUCUCUGACAAGAUCCCAGCUCACACUGUCACCAUGGCCUGCAUCUCGUCCAACCAGGCAAUGACCUCAGCUGUUGGUCUGAUAGCUGCAGGCCAGUGUGACGCUGUUGUGGCAGGAGGGGUCGAGUUCAUGUCCGACGUUCCGAUCCGUCACAGCCGUAAAAUGAGGAAGACCAUGCUGUCCCUCAACAAGGCAAAGACUCUCGGGCAGAGGCUCAGCCUGAUCGGCAGCAUUCGGCUGGCACACCUCUCCCCAGAGCUACCUGCUGUGGCUGAAUUCUCCACAUCUGAAACGAUGGGCCACAGUGCUGAUCGUCUGGCUGCUGCUUUUGGGGUCUCCAGAGUGGAACAGGACGAGUUUGCUCUCCGGUCACACACUCUGGCCAAAAAGGCCCAGGACGCCAGCCUGCUGCAGGAUGUCAUCUCCUUCAAAGUGCCAGGUCGUGAUAUUGUUUCCAAGGACAACGGCAUCCGCCCGUCCUCCAUGGAGCAAAUGUCCAAACUAAAGGCCGCCUUCAUUAAACCUCACGGCACAGUCACUGCCGCCAACUCCUCCUUCCUGACUGACGGCGCCUCUGCAGUGCUUAUCAUGUCUGAAGAGAAAGCUUUGGCUAUGGGUUACAAGCCUAAAGCCUACCUCAGAGACUUUGUCUACGUGUCUCAGGACCCCAAAGAUCAGCUGCUUUUGGGGCCAACGUACGGGACGCCGAAGGUCCUGGAGCGGGCGGGUUUGACCUUGAAUGACAUUGACGUCUUUGAGUUCCACGAGGCAUUCGCAGGCCAGAUAUUAGCUAAUCUGAAGGCUAUGGACUCAGAUUGGUUCGGCCAGACGUACUUGGGCAGGAAAUCGAAGGUGGGAACCCCUCCCAUGGAGAAGUUCAACCUGUGGGGAGGCUCUCUGUCUCUGGGUCACCCGUUUGGUGCCACAGGCUGCAGGCUGGUGACCACAGUGGCCCACCGGCUGCAGAAGGAGGGGGGACAGUACGGACUGGUGGCGGCUUGUGCAGCCGGAGGACAGGGUCAUGCCAUGGUGAUCGAGGCCUACCCCCAGUGAAGCAAACACACCCGCUGUGACCCGGUCUCCAGAGUCAUCGUGACGGCUACAAGCACCCUAACAUGCAGACAACAGAGUGUACAUACUAGCACCAUUUUGCCUUGAUCAGACAGGAGUCAGAUACCGAAUGUGAGUGUGUUUGAGGAAUCGUGUAAAUUCAGCUUUGCUUCGAGGCUGUUAGAUUAUAGCAAAAUGUCCUGCAGGAAGGCUGCCUUGGAUUCUUGUGGACUUUGAGGUGCGCCGUGUCUGUGUUGUCACUGAGUCAGAUGUAACAUAGCAAAACUGAAGCACUCAGGAGGAGCUGGAGUGAUUCUAAUGUUUAUAUACGCUGUAAUAUUUUUUUUUUUUUUUCUAUCCGGCUGUUGGAAUUAAACAAUGUGAUGAUAACCACACUGACACUCA